AUGUGUUUUUGUCCCUCUGAUCUUCAGCUGAAGGACCCAUGGUACACAACCACCAAGAUCUUUGAGGUGCCAGAUGUGACAGAGAAGGAUGAGACAUCACCUUCACACCUGGACUCCAAGGUUCUGAUGGUGUACCUUGAGAUCAGGGAUCUAGCACGCUAUGAAUCAGGCAUGUUUGAGCUGACAGACCAGUAUAGCAACCUUGCCAUGGUGGUGAGGCUGAGGAGUGGUGGUGAGAUUGAUUUGAUACGUGAUUUACUGAACCCUAGUCAACCCAAUCAAACUGCUGCUUCAAGUUACCUCAGUCAACCUGCUGCUUCAAGUUAUCCCAGUCAACCUGCUGCUUCAAGUUACCUCAACCAACCCAGUCAACCUGCUGCUUCAAGUUACCUCAACCAACCCAGUCAACCUGCUGCUUCAAGUUACCUCAACCAACCCAGUCAACCUGCUGCUUCAUGUUACCUCAACCAACCCAGUCAACCUGCUGCUUCAAGUUACCUCAACCAACCCAGUCAACCUGCUGCUUCAAGUUACCUCAACCAACCCAGUCAACCUGCUGCUUCAAGUUACCUCAACCAACCCAGUCAACCUGCUGCUUCAUGUUACCUCAACCAACCCAGUCAACCUGCUGCUUCAAGUUACCUCAACCAACCCAGUCAACCUGCUGCUUCAAGUUACCUCAACCAACCCAGUCAACCUGCUGCUUCAAGUUACCUCAACCAACCCAGUCAACCUGCUGCUUCAAGUUACCUCAACCAACCCAGUCAACCUGCUGCUUCAAGUUACCUCAACCAACCCAGUCAACCUGCUGCUUCAAGUUACCUCAACCAACCCAGUCAACCUGCUGCUUCAAGUUAUCCCAGUCAACCUGCUGCUUCAAGUUACCUCAACCAACCCAGUCAACCUGCUGCUUCAAGUUACCUCAACCAACCCAGUCAACCUGCUGCUUCAUGUUACCUCAACCAACCCAGUCAACCUGCUGCUUCAAGUUACCUCAACCAACCCAGUCAACCUGCUGCUUCAUGUUACCUCAACCAACCCAGUCAACCUGCUGCUUCAAGUUACCUCAACCAACCCAGUCAACCUGCUGCUUCAAGUUACCUCAACCAACCCAGUCAACCUGCUGCUUCAAGUUACCUCAACCAACCCAGUCAACCUACUGCGCCCGUGUUUGGAGACGGCUCCGUUCAUCUCUCAGGGUUCAAAACCUCUCUCCUCUGA